UUACACAUAACCAAUCGAAAUAAUUUAUUAAUAACAAUUGAAAUGAUUAAAAAUAUAACCUGUAUUUGACAGGUUGAAUAGUUGGGGAUAGAAGGUAUUGUUGACUAACUAUGAUAGUGAUAGCAUUGCUAAAAAGGGGCCUUAUUUCUGCUAAAAAUUUGCGAUUUCUAUCCCAAAUUAAACCCAUACAAUCAGAGCAAGACCAUUGCCCUCCCUAUUUUCAGCUAUGUAAGGAAUUUACAGAUAAUACUGACUUGGCAAAGAGCCUUGUCAAUAGCAUGACUGUUCAUAAUGACUUUUUAAGCGAAGAUGAAGAAAAAUCUAUCUUAGACGAAAUAGAACCUUACUUAAAACGUAUGCGUUAUGAGUUUGACCACUGGGAUGACGCAAUACAUGGUUAUCGAGAAACAGAACGUUUGAAUUGGAAUGAAGCCAACACUAAAACGCUAAACAGAGUAAGAAGUAUCGCAUUUCCACCGAAUGUAGCCCAACUGAAGUUUGUACAUAUAUUAGAUUUAGACCAAAAAGGGUAUAUCAAGCCACACAUUGAUGCAGUCCGGUUCUGUGGGGACACCAUUGCAGGUCUGAGUUUAUUAACUGACAGUGUGAUGAGACUUGUACACGACAAAAAUAAGCACCUUUAUGCAGAUGUUUGGUUAAAACGCAGGUCUUUGUAUAUAAUGAAGGACACUGCGCGGUUCGAUUAUACACACGAAAUUUUAAGUAAUGAACACAGUGUGUUUAAGGGUGGAAAAGUAUUAAAAGAUAGAAGGAUAUCCGUGAUUUGUAGAAAUGAACCAGAUCCUAGGAAUAAAGACUGAGAUAAGUACAAAAUUUUGUUUUAUAUACUUCUGUUUGAGACUUAAAUGUAAACCAAGAUUUUAUGGGAAGUUUGAAUAGUUUUUUCAAAUAUUACUUUCAAUCGUAUUUUUCGAACCUUUAGCAGUGGGAAUCAACUUUAGUAG